UAAAUUGUUUUACGUACGCGUGUGUUAUGUGUGUUAAUUAUUCUUAAAAAUUUACUUUUUACAGAUAUGGGUGACAAUUUGGAAAAUGAUCGAGCGGACUGGGUGCCCUGCGCUGUGUGCGGGGCAGCAUUUGAAAAUCUGCAGGAGUGCCUGGCGCACGAGUUGCUCAUGCAUAUGGGCAAAGCUCCUAAAAAAGAACGCGUUUGCUUCAAUGCCAUCUCCCGACACUUUGCCAGCGAAAAUAUGCAUAAUCAACGGCGCGAGCUAAAUAAAGUACUUCAAAAGGCAAAGGAAGGUCAGGAGCUGUAUGAAAUACUAAAGUAUUACUCCAUGGAUUGCAAUAAACUGGCCGAUGUAUAUUAUGAAGUGCGCGACAUGCUGGAGCGUCGCCUUGCGGGACGUGUUAAGGUCUAUCCUUUUGGCUCACUGGUUACCGGAUUGGCGUUAAAAAACAGCGACAUCGAUCUAUAUCUGGAGCUUAUGCCCGAUGACUUGUCUCCGCCACUUGGAAAUCGUGGCUUUUAUAACGCGAUUCUGGCAUAUGUGCGUCGAACCCCGAGCCAUUUUACAAAUGUUUUUGCCAUUCGAAAUGCACGCGUACCUAUUAUACGUUUCCGGCAUGUUGCUUCUUGGAUCACUAUAGAUAUCAACGUAUGCAGCCCAAACAGCACCUAUAAUUCACGAUUUGUAGCCGCAUUAAUGAAUUUCGAUGUGCGCAUACGCCAGCUCUGCCUGUUUCUAAAGAUUUGGACAAAGAAAUUACGAAUUGUGGGCUCAGGCAGCAUGACUAGCUAUUGUCUAAUAGUACUCAUUAUCUAUGCACUGCAAAAGCAAGGAUAUCUGCCUGCCAUCAAGAAGCUGCAAGUGAAUUGUGCUGCACAUCAAGUGGAUGGUGUCAAUUUUGUCUACGAUUUAAAACGCAUUCCAGGCUUGCCUAAGAAACUCACUGCCUAUGAUCUUAUAGCGGCUUUCUUUGCGUUUUACAGUGACAUGGAUUUUACCGACAAGUUGUUGAGUCCUUACAUUGCGCAAGAAUUGAAACUGCCCGAGGCUAUUGAGACGGUUGGCGGCUUUCCUGAGUAUGAAGCGCAGAUGCAGCAGAUCAAGGUGGCUACAGGCGUGACGCCAGAUCCUAUUAAAUAUAAGCGUGAUAUCUGCGUGCAGGAUCCCUUUGAGCUGCAGUACAAUGUGGCCCAGUCGAUAGCACCCACAAAUUUGACGUACUUUAAAUACUGCGUAGACCUGGCUACCUCGGCUUGCAAGAAUGAAUGUGGCGAGCUGGGAGAGAACGUGGAUCUCUAUGAAUAUUUGUUAUUUGGCUUGCCGGAGCAAAUAUUACAGGACAAGCGUCAAGAUCAAGCCAAGCGCAAAAAAAUGUCCAAUACACCAAAUGUAAAUGUAGAUGCAAAUGCAAAUGCAACUGCAGAGUGCCCACCAACCACAGAUGCUUCAGCUAGCGCAAGCGAAUCAACAUCUUCGGAAGUUGGUUCUGGCCACUUAGAUCUACAAGCGAUGAGCAAGCUUGCACACACUCUCAGACCCUCUAAUAAGGAAGUUAGCAUAUUGAAUGAAGAAUUCUUAACGCAUUUUCCCGACGCUAGAAAGCUGCCACUGACUUAUUUUUGGACUGAGUGCUAUUUUUCUGCUAUCAAGGAUAUCGUUGGUGACAUAUAUGGCAUAAAAAUGAAACGCGUUGAUAAGGAACAGCCGCUGAAGCACGAUUGCAAGUCACGCCAUUAUACCUGGCUUAUUACCGCCUCUGUGAACACCUGGAGUGAACGCAAAUUUAAACGCAAUCCGCAGCUAAAGUUUUUUACACAACAGCUGCAGGAAACUAAAGAAUACCUCACAACACGCGCAGAUAAGCCGACCUAUAUGUGUGAUCUGAAGGGUCAUUUCUCCUUCAUUGUUGAUCGUGCCGACUAUAAGGAGGUGCGUCUUGAGAUCCAGCCAUUACCAGAUGAUCCUGUAGGUCUGCAGCGUCUAAGUCAAUUAACCAAAUUUUUCAAAUCACUCAAGAAUAUGUUGUCGCUCUUUGACUUCAGAGAGAAGGUUGUGAGCUGGCAGUAUGAGCGAUUACCUUGUAAACGACUAAAUGUGCGCAGACUCGUGCGAAAAGUGAACACAAACUAAAUUGAGAUAAGAUCCCAUUUUAAAAUAUUCGCCUGCAUGUUGAUUUAAAUUUCCGUUAAGCCAACACAAAAAUAAUUCAUCCAGCCAACUAUUCAUGUAAAUAAUUAUAAAAAGUAUAGAUAAACAAUUUUUUUU